ACAUGUUGUUUCUGCUUAGCUUCACCGCUUCUCGACCCAAUCAGAUUCUGAUUAGUGCCUCUUCACGUGUUCUUCUUUGGGGUUAAUCCGUCCACCGAUCAACCGCCUCAGAUGCUUCUCCAUUCUUAUCCCCUCUUCUCAUGUUUCUCAUUCGACUUUCGCUUUCUUCAAUCGGAUCGAGACACCACCAUCAAGUAUUACCAUUAAUUGAAAAAGAUUCAAGCGUUUCCAAUCAUUCAGCAACCCCGACGACUUCACAAUUUUCAGCUGCUCCACCAUGUCGCCACCGUCGACGAUGCAGCAUCGGAGGCUUCUCUCAACAAAAACAUUGCUACCAAAAAAACCCUAAAAGUCAGGAACGAGGAUGUCUGCCACCGAUCGAACCAUCUUCAGAACGACCGGAGUUUAAAAAUUUCCAGCUUUUUGAGCCACGACCUCCUCUGGAGUACAAACCACCUCCUGAGAAGAGAAAAUGUCCACCAUACACAGGCAUGGCCCAAUUUGUUAGCCACUUUGCUGAGCCCACUGAUCAUGAAUAUGCUCCACCAAUAGUAAAGGGUGAAACACCUGGCCAAAGGAGGGCUAGGAUUCACCGGUUACGUACAAAUUUCGAGUUUAUAACCUUAACACUGUCAUUGUGGCUGAGAUUUGUUCAUUUCGAUGACAGGGAUCUUUCAUACAAUUUCUUUAAUGGAUCCAUUCCUGAAAGCCUUGGAGGUUUAACAUCAGUUCGAAUAUUGAAUCUGAAUGGGAACUCCCUAUCAGGAAGAGUCCCAGCUGCAGUAGGAGGGACGCUUUACACAGAGCAAGUUUCAAACAAUAGAAGCAUCGGGAAGAAAAUCAGGAAUGGAAUUUGUCUUAACAAAGUUAACAGUUCUUAUCCUCCUGCUGCUAAGGAACAAGUGGUGGGUUGGCCUCCAGUUACAUCUUUUUACAAGAACAUUUUGGCUACAAAUUCAAAUAAGAAUGAUGAGGUGGAUGGGAAGCCUGGACCUGGUGCUUUACAGUCAACCUACAGACAGAAUCAUUAAUUUCGUGGAAUGAAGGGACGAUCGGAAUGGAGCUUCAAGCAGUGGAAGUAAGCAUAAAAAAUCUUAUUUUUUCACAUUCAUUAAUCUCGAUUCUUGAUUUUGUGAUGUUUUUAAAGACACCCGUAUUGAGUAAUUUGCCAAAAAAAAAGGAUAAAAGAUAAAGGUUGUCAUUUAAAAAAGAUUGGUUUUGUUUAAUUUGUUAAUAAUUUUCAACUUUUAAAAGCUCGAUUUCUAAUCCUAAUUUUCUAAUUUUGUUUCUUCUUUUUUUUACCUUGACCAACAAAAACAAGUGCAUACAUAUUGUUUUGUAAAUACCUAUAAUUCGAUUCAGUUUUCAGCUUCGUGAGAAUCAUAUUCAAUGACAUUUUUCAUACUAAAUGGUGAAAAGAAGCUAAACUGUGAAGACUGAUGUAUGUAUUUUUUUUGUUUUUUAUUUCUUAUUACUAGAUAAAAGAAUAAUAGCAAGUUUAACAAAUAGACACACUUGCUGAAAUGGGAACUUAAAUAAAAAAACAAAUGUAAUCAAAAGCAAAUAAAAAAAUCCAAAAAUAAUUACAAGAUUACCCCUUGGUUAUUUCCAUUUUCAAUCCAGCCCUUUUUCCACAUAAGCUGGCUCCUGCACCUUUGGCAAAUCGAUUUCUUUUCAUUGAUGGUGAGAAUGGGUGUUAUAUGUUGGAUCCUUAGAUGGAUCCCGUUAUUUUAAAAUACUCAUGCCAGUUCGAUUAAUGCAAGUAUGUUGGACAUUCGCAACCGCAGGAGUUCCCUGUACAAAGGAAGAACAUAUGACGUUUCUACUGGGGUAAAAGGAGUUGAUGCAAGUUGAUUGGUAAAUUGGUCAAAAGAUGAUUUUGUUUUUGUUUUUUCGCAUCAAUAGAAUGUUCUCUCUACAUUUGUUGUAGAUUAUAUUAUACUUUCAUUUAAAACUACCCGGAUAUAAGACUGUGUUUUCAUUGUUUUUGAAAAUCUAUUCAAAUAUAGCAUUAUACUUCUUUUA